AUGGCCACCGAAGGCAAAAGAGACAUUGUGAUCAUAGGAGGGGGCAUAAUCGGCUGCACAUCCGCAUACUACCUCACACGACAUUCGAAAUAUGAUCUCAGCAAGCACAAGAUCACAGUAUUGGAGGCCAGCAAGAUCGCAGGCGGCGCAUCAGGAAAGGCAGGCGGACUGCUAGCAUUGUGGGCAUAUCCUAAGAGCAUUGUGCCACUGAGCUACAAGCUGCAUAAGGCCUUGUCUGAUGAGCAUGGAGGCGAAGAAAGAUGGGGAUACAGAACAGUGCAUGUGGGCCAGGUGGACUGCGUAGGCAGGAACUUGCCUGAGAAGGCUGAGAAAGACAGGCUUGAUGGCAAGGAUGGCGAGAUGGAUGGUCGGAAUGGGGACACAGACAAAGAGCAUGUCAGUCUACAGAAGAGAAGCAAACACGCAUUGGGAAAGCUGCGCGCAGCAGGCAUACCAGCAGAACUCGACUGGGUCGACGCAGACAGUCUGAAAGGCUACGACGAAAUGGGAGAUCCAACCACAACAGCCCAAGUACACCCCUACCAAUUCACAACCUCCAUGGCCCAGCUCGCACAAGAAAAGGGUGCAGAAUUCCAUGAAGACGCCAGCGUCACCAGCAUCAACUACACCCCCGACAACACCGCCGUGGAAAGCGUCACAUACACCGACAAGACCACCAACACUGUCCACACCCUCCCAGCAACAGACAUCAUCAUCGCCGCCGGGCCCUGGACGCGCUCCGUCUACCCCUCCGCCCCAAUCAGCGCCCUCCGCGCCCACUCCGUCACCAUCAAACCCUCCCGCCCAGUCUCAGCCUACGCCCUCUUCACCCAAAUCAAGCUCCCCUCCCCCUUCACCCGCGGCGCAACCCCCCUCAACCCCUCCACCCAAAUCGCGACCCCCGAAAUCUACGCCCGCCCCCACAACGAAGUCUACGCCUGCGGUGAUGGCGACCACCUCGUCCCGCUCCCCGCAACAUCCUCCGAAGUCCAAUGCGACGAGUCCCGUUGUCAGGAUAUCGUUGAUUACGUCGGGAGCAUCAGUGAUGAGCUACGGGAUGGGGAGGUUACGGCGCGACAGGCGUGUUAUUUGCCCAGUGUGGAGGGGAGUAGUGCGCCGCUUGUGGGAGGCACUGGGGUGAGGGGCGAGGUGUUGGCGUGUGGGCAUACGUGUUGGGGGAUUUGUAAUGGGCCGGGGACGGGGAAGGUUGUUGGGGAGAUUGUGUUUGAGGGGAAGGCGAGGAGUGCGGAUGUUGAGGGGUUGGAUCCGAGGGGUUAUGUGUAG